AUGUGCGUCUUUCCGCGGCUUCAAUCCCGCUCCGGCAACGACAGCGGGGAUAAGGCGCGAAUCCCGACGACAUUGGUGAGCACGACGGCACUAGCAGCGACCUGGACACCGCCCAUCGAAGCCAGGCUAACCCUUGGCAAGGCAGGUCGGAGAAGCCGGCGUUCCGGUGACGGCGGCGACGAGGAGCUGAUGGCUGCCGUCCCUGCGGACCAGGCACUUGCCGCCAAUGCAAUGCCAGCCAUCUCCGCGUACACCAGAUCUCGACGGCUCGAUGCCAGCCCCUACACGAUGCCCGCCCCGAGCACUGCGCAGUCCGUCGUGAUGGUAUCGGAACUCACGCCGGAUGCUACAUGUACAUGCAAGUCCAGCACUGCACCUACGCACCCCGCACAUGCUUGUGUGCAUGUAUUCCGUGCCUGA